CUCUGGUUACCAUGUGACAGAGAUAAGUCACAUGACCAAGGCUCUGCGUACAGGAAAUAGAGACCAGCAAGAGAAAAUAGAAAGAAAGUAGCGACAGUGAGGAAUUUGCACCAAUAAAGUGGGUUUACUGACUGCAAAAGUGAAACGUUGAGCAGAGAUGAAGCUGUUGCCAGUGAUUUCCCUCCUGGCAUUAACCUCAGCUACCUCUGCUUUGGACAAUGGUUUGAUGAGGACCCCACCCAUGGGAUGGAUGUCCUGGGAGCGUUUUCGCUGUAAUAUCGACUGUGAGAAUGAUCCCAAGAACUGCAUCAGUGAGAAUCUCUUCAGAGACAUGGCAGACAGACUGGCUGAGGAUGGGUGGAAAGAGAUGGGAUAUGAUCAUGUCAUGAUAGAUGACUGUUGGUCCUCCAUGCUCCGGGAUAAAGAUGGACGGCUGCAGCCCGACCCACAAAGGUUCCCUGGGGGCAUUGCCAAGCUGGCGAGGUACCUCCAUGACCGCGGCCUGAAGCUGGGCAUCUAUGGGGACCUGGGCACACACACCUGUGGAGGGUACCCUGGCACCACGCUGGACAAGAUUGAUACUGAUGCCCAGACGUUCGCUAGUUGGGGUGUGGACUUCCUGAAGUUGGAUGGCUGUUACUCCAAUGAAGAGGAGCAACAGAAGGGUUACCCUCUCAUGUCCAAGGCUUUGAAUGCAACAGGCCGUCCAAUUGGCUACUCCUGUAGUUGGCCAGCCUAUCGGGGUGGACUCCCUCCCAGUGUGAAUUACACUCUGCUGGGGGAAAUCUGUAACCUGUGGCGUAACUAUGAUGACAUUCAGGACUCGUGGGACAGUGUACAAGACAUUACAGACUGGUUCUUUGACAACCAGGAGAUACUGCAGCCUGAAGCCGGCCCUGGACGCUGGAACGAUCCUGACAUGCUGAUCAUAGGAAACUUUGGCCUCAGUGUGGACCAAUCACGCUCUCAGAUGGCUCUUUGGGCGAUCAUGGCUGCACCUCUCAUUAUGUCCAACAACCUUCGAACCCUAAGCAGUGAGGCCAGGGCCAUCCUGCAGAACGGUGCCGCCAUCGCCAUCAACCAGGACCCGAUGGGCGUCCAGGGAAGACGCUUGCUACAGGAGAGGAGUCAGAUUGAAGUGUACUGGCGGCCCCUCUCCCAGUCAGCCAGUGCUCUGGUGUUCCUCAGCCGUCGCCAGGACAUGCCCUAUCGCUACCACACCUCCCUGGCCAAGUUAAACUACACAGCAGGCAGCUACGAGGCUUAUGACGUAUUCACUGGGAAAACAUUGAGUGGACUGUCUGCCGCCACAGAGUUCACCGUCUCCAUCAACCCCUCAGGAGUCGUCAUGUGGUACGUCUAUCCCAAAAUGCACUACGAGCAUCCGCAGGAUGAUGGUAGAUACCCCUACUUCCGACAGAAAUACAGGAUGUCCUCCUCGCUCCGCUUCCACAAGCCGAGGGUUGUGCCUCCUAGUCUGCUCUGAGGGGACGUGAAGUAAGCAAGCAGGAGGGCGAAUCUGUUGUUUUAAGAAGUCCUCCAUAAAUCCAGAUCCAAUCAAAGAUAUUUGAAUCAGGAAGAAUAUGGAUAUUUUUUUUGCGCUGUUGUGUUUUAACCCAUAUGUAAUCUUGGCAACCCAGAACUUAAAUCGUGCGCCAGCUACUUGGCUAAGGUCUUGGGGUAGCCGAAAGAGAAAAGAUACUAGAACCAGUGGCGGAAACAGGUCGGCAGCUUCAUCACCGUCUCUGUCUGCAACAUUUUAUGUUAUGUGUGUCUGCCCACGAGAGAUUAAACCAUGUGUAAUGUUUGAACAUUUAUAAAAAGUAGAUUUUG